UCAUUGGUUAUGUCUCAUUUAUUUUACGAAUCAUCAUUCCAACUUAAAAUACAAGAAUAUGCGGGCCUGACAAAGCAUCGAUUAAUGAUGAGCUUGGACUCAAUGUGCUCUCAAGUCUCUGUUUAUGUAGUCUGGUCUAUCUAGUUACUAAAAUCAAACUGAUGGAUAAACUUGUUUCAUCUUGGUACAAUGUUCGAUCUGUGCCUGAGGAUUACAUAUUUCCACCAGAGACAAGACCAGGGAACCUCCAUGUUCCUAUAGGUGAAGUAAUUCCAGUGAUUGAUCUCAGUGAAGCAGAGCGAGGUGAUCGAACAGCUACCAUUCAGAAAAUUCUCAAAGCUGCUCAAGAGUUUGGAUUCUUUCGGGUGAUAAAUCAUGGGGUUUCACAGAAUUUAAUGAAUGAAGCAAUGAGUGUGUUCAAAGAACCUUUCCAGUGGUCGAAUGAGGCUAAGCAAAACUUGUACUCAGAGGAUGUUAGCAAGCAUUGCAGGCUCAAAACGUGCAGUAUAUAUUGCACAACUGAUAAGGUUCAUCUCUGGCGGGACUUUCUGAUGCACCCAUGUCAUCCUCUAGAAAAAUGGCAGCAUACCUGGCCUCUAAACCCAACUAGAUACCAAGAGUGCGUAGGAGCAUGUUCAGUUGAAGUCAAGAAGUUGGCUUCUAGGAUUCUGGCAUUCAUCUGUGAAAGACCUGGACUAAAAUGUGGAUAUUUUGAUGAUGAACUUAGUGGAAGCAUGAUGCUUUCAGUUAAUCAUUAUCCUCCAUGUCCUCAACCAAGCUUGACUCUAGGUUCAUCUAAGCAUGCCGACUUGAAUCUAAUUACCAUUUUACUGCAAGAUGAUGUCUACGGACUUCAAGUCUUGAAAGAAGACAAGUGGAUUGGUGUUGAGCCUAAUCCUCAUGCAUUUGUAGUCAAUAUGGGUUGCCUCUUGCAGGUGAUUAGUAACAACAAACUGAAAAGUGCAGAGCACAGAGUUGUGACAAAUCCAAAUACUGCUCGAACAUCAGCUGCAUUUUUCGUACUUUCUUUAGAAGACAGUAUCAUAGAGCCAGCAAAAGAUCUUACGGAUGUACUCCAUCCUCCAAUUUAUAAACCGUUCAAAAUUAAGGAUUUCCUGACCCAAUUCCUAGCAAAGAACGGCGAUCUUUGGAAUAAAUGUGCGAAGUAUUCUCUACUAUUUCUAGCCCUGUCCACCUGCAAACUCAAAGUUGUGAUGACAAUGAAUCCGAAUGCUGUAAAGUUGAAGCUUUGAAAUCGUGGAAAUUGAACUCAAUGUACUAGUAGAGUAUUCAACUUCACCGGUUUUCCAACUUUAGAGGAUCUAAAGUAAUGAUUAACAGUGAUUUAAGAAAAUGUUGGCACACAAAGAUUGUUUUGAAAUCAUUUACUUUUCUUCUGCGGAUAGAAACCUUAAAAUUUUAAUAUGUUGGAGUUUUUCGUUUUUUUU